CAAAACCUGGCAAACAUAUGAUUGGGGCUGGUAAAACUUUAAAAGCAAUCAAAAUUUAAAAGUAUCAAGUUUUGGAAUUUUUUUUGAAAACAAACAGAAGUUCACGAAAAUGAUUUGAAUUUUUUUAAACACUUGCUACAAAAACAAGAAAAUACACGGAGUUUUUAAACUUGCAAAGCAAAAAACACCCGGAACUGCAGCAAGCAAAAUGGUUGCUUUCGGUGGUCAUAAAACGAGCUUCAUAGGCUGGACUCUGCUCGGCGUCCUGAGUUUAAUGUGCUACUGUGAAUUCUUAAUUUAUUAUGUUGUUCUUUUCCAGUGCUCUUGGCCUGAGCUUACUCCUGGGCGCGAAGACGAAAAAAUUGCAAUAAACCAGAAGGAAGACCCUGUCCGAGCAAUGUUCAUAGCGGACACACACUUACUCGGCACCCGAAGGGGGCAUUGGUUCGACAAAUUACGGAGAGAGUGGCAAAUGCACCGAGCCUUUCAAUCAGCAGUGACGCUGCACCAACCGGACAUUGUCUUUGUCCUCGGAGAUGUUUUCGACGAAGGUCUUUGGAGCAGCGAAAAUGAAUUCAACAACUAUGUUGCCCGAUUUAAGUCACUUUUCAACGUUCCUGGCGAUACUGAGCUCCAUGUAGUGGUUGGAAAUCAUGACAUUGGUUUUCAUUAUGGGAUAAGUCCGUAUCUGCAGGAAAGAUUUGCCACAGCUAUGGACGCACCCUCAGUACAAAUUUUGUCGCGCCGAGGUGUUCAUUUUGUUCUAGUCAACUCUAUGGCCAUGGAGGGCGACGGGUGUUUUUUGUGCAGGCCGGCGCAAAUUCACCUCCAACAGAUCUCAAACCGGCUCAAGUGUACCAAAGGUACUGCCAAGUGCAAGAAAACGCAAAAAUUUACUCAAUAUAGUAAACCAAUUUUACUUCAGCACUUUCCCAUGUACAGAGAGUCGGAUAUUAACUGCAGUGGGCCGGAUCAGGCGCCAGAAGACGAGAAAAAGCAAAAGUUCAGAGAGAGGUGGGAAUGUCUGUCACGAGAAUCAUCAGAUAUGCUCAUGGAACUUUUGGAGCCGAGGUUGAUUACCACUGGACAUACCCAUCACGGGUGCCACAGGAUCCACUCCGACGGCACCCACGAAUGGACGGUCCCCUCCUUCAGUUGGAGGAAUAAAAACAACCCGAGCUUCCUCCUCGGAACGUUUUCGCCAAACAAUUAUUCUAUCAGCAAAUGCUUCAUGCCAGCCGAGAGUACUGUAAUUUAUGUCUACCUGCUUGGCGGAAUAGGGCUUUUCGUGGCAUUGACCGUUUGCUCCAACCGCAGGAAGUGGACGCGCAUUAAAAACAGCUGACUAGGGCUGUCAUUAGGUUGCAUAGUUCUUUUAAUUUUUUCCCUGACUCUCAUUUUCUUGAGCUAAAAAAUUCACGCGGCGCCGCCAUUCCCCAAAAAUUUAACAAAUUAAUUGCAAUUUGAUGGUCCUAUUUUUUGACAUUUUUGUGGCAGUUUAAUUAAUGAAUAAUCAGCUAUUAAUUAGUGAAAAUGCUUUGCAUUUGUCCAAUAUGAGAUUAAAAGAAAAAAUGUACGAUACUGCACUGCUCCUUCCAUGUCACUUAACAAUUAUAUAAGGCAAUAUAAUUAUACUACUUGUAAAAAUAACCUUUAUUGCUGAAUUGAGCUUAAUGUUUUAAAAAAAAUAUUGAGUAGUUUGUUAGUAGACGUAGGCUAAUUUUAAAAAUUUUGCAAUAUGUUAAGUACUGUAAUUAUGGAUGUGAUGUACUUGAUGUGUCUUUCAAUGUGAUAAAGCUAUAGUCUUCUGUGACCUAAUGAUACCUAACCACUUUUAAAUGUUGUUCAAAUGCCGCAUUCCAGAAUAAUAUAAUUAUUCCCGAACAAAAGAGUAAAUAUGUGUCCAAAUAUUGCUGCUAAUGCCUUUCGGAAGGCCUAAAUUUAAAAUUUACUGCAGUAUAAAAAAAGAUGAAAGUUAUAAAUAAAACAAGCGUUAAUUAACAUGCCUGAUAUUAGUGUAUUUUC